AUGGACACAGAACUAGUCUUCUACGACAUUGCCAUGCGGCCCCCAGUUGAGAAGAACAAUACCGCCGUAAACCCUUGGAAAUCCCGUCUAGCCCUGAACUUCAAAUCAGUCCCCUACUCAACCCAGUGGGUCCCACUCCCCGACGUAUCCAAGGUUCGGACAAGUCUCAAUAUCCCUGCGUGCCGCAAGUUCGCCGACGGCACAGACUUCCACACUCUCCCUGUCCUAGUGGACCCCACAACAUCUCAAAAACUCGGAGAUUCCUUCGACAUAGCAGUCUACUUGCAAAAGCAAUACCCAGCCGGAAACGAUCUCUUCCCGCCUCAGUCCCUGGAUUACGUCUUCAGCCCAGAUAGUGAAAUCUUAAUUCCGUUGUCUGAAUGCGACGAGGGUCAAUACCCCCAAUAUGCGCGCUUCAAUAUGAAUAUCGAUGCUGCGUUCACCACGCACGUCGCACUUAUGGUCCAAGGGUUGCCGCUUGAUCCUGCAACUGCCGACGUAACGAAGGCCGAGUUUGUUCGGCGGGCCGGGGUGAACCGUUGGGAGGAUUUCGUAGUCACGGGCGAACAUCGCGAGAAGCUGAUUGCAUCCUUCCGAGAUAUGCUGGGAGGGCUGGCCAAGAUGUUUGGUAGUGAGGGGCCAUUUUUGUUGGGGGAUCGGGCUAAUUAUGCGGACUUUAUUAUUGGGGCCUGGUUGAGGAUGGCGAGCAAGACUUUACCUGGCGAGGAGUGGGAUUUGGUCAGAGGGUGGCAUGGGGGCGUUUUCGGAAGGCUGCAUGAUGCAUUGGAGAUCUAUGCGGUUGCUCGUUAA